CUCCUACGCUCCCUCUUCACAAACAGCAGCUUCCAAAAUUUCAUACUCUCUUCCUCAAACCCUCCUCAACACCCAUCAGAACUAGCGGCGGCGCCCCAUACUCUCUCCCUCAAACCCUCGGCUCUCUAUUACAUCUGUGAGAACCCUCAACUCCCAUCAGAACUAGCGGCGGAGCCUCAUACUCUCUCCCUCAAACUCUCACUAUUACUUCUGUGAGAAGUAGCAGCGGAGCACAGUGGAUCGUGAGCGGCACGGACCAACGUAGACUGCAACCUAGACAGUGGGGCAGCGGAAAAAAGUUUCUUUUUCGACUGUCUAUUUGUCACUACCUUAUUUGCACGAGACAAGGAAGGAUAUGGGAAACUGGGCCGAACUUUGUAGUGACAUUCUAAGACUGAUUGUGGAUCAGUUUUCGAAAAUCGAAGAUAUUGCUCAUUUUGGUGGAGUUUGCCGGCCAUGGCGAUCAGUUUCAGUUGAGAAGUGGCACUUCUCUAUUGUUGAUCCCUGGUUGAUGCUUGCAGAGAAGGAAGAUAGUGAUGAACGUGGCUUCUACAGUCUCUCCACCAAAAAGGUUUACCACAUAAACUUGCCAGAAACCCAGGGUAGGAAGUGUUGGUCCUCAUAUGGUUGGUUGAUAACUUUAGGGCUUGAUUUGGAGAUGCACUUAUUAAAUCCCUUUUCUCGAUCUCGGGUUACAAUUCGGUUUCCACCUCCACUAGGACUUCCCAAUCAAUACGAGCCUGGAAUAGACCCAGAAUUUUUCCGUCGAACUUUUAUUGAUAAAGUGAUAUUCUCCUCGAGACCAUCUGUCCCUUGUGAAGAUGACAAAAAAUGCGUGGUUAUGGGGAUAUUUUCUGAAUGGGGGAAAUUAGCUUUCUUGAGAAUGGGAGAUGAAGUUUGGACUCAUGUAUGCACACCCAAAGCUGGUUUUCAUGACAUUGUCUAUUUGAAUGGUCAAUUCUAUGCUUUUAGUAGAAAAGGAAAAUUGGUAAUGGUUGACAUAUCUUGUCCUGAUCCAAAGACGAUUGAGAUUGCUGGAUUACCAGAGGGUCGUAACGCUGCUGGGCAGUUUUAUCUUGUGGAAUCAGUAGGAGAACUUUUUAUGCUUGCACGAAGUGUUUAUAUGGGCUAUGUGGGCUAUUAUGAGGGAGACGAGGACGAGGACGAGUCUUACAUUUAUGAAACAGAUGAGUUUGAGGUUUACAAGUUUAAUUUUGAUAACAUGAAUUGGACAUUGGUGAAGAACUUGGACAACCGUGCGAUUUUUGUGGGUGUUAAUGCUUCCUUUGCCAUCUUUCCCUCUAACCAUUCAGGAUGCGAACCCAAUUGUAUCUAUUUCACUGAUGAUAAUUCAUAUGGUCUUAUGAAAGAUAGUCGUCUAGAAGGAGGAGCUGGUAAGGACAUGGGAGUGUUUCGGAUGGAGACUGGGAAAGUGGAUUAUCAUUAUAAGGUUCCGGACAUGCUAAGUCGUAUUUGUGCACCACUUUGGAUUUGUCCUUCUCCAUAACUUGUAUUUUUGCACCUCUUUGGAAUUGUUCUUCUCUAUAGAGGAAAAAACUUGUAUUUGUGCACCUCUUUGGAUUUGUCGUUCUAUAGUGGAUAAUUUAUUUUUUACUUAUAAA